AUGUUGAGAAAUGAAACCGCCGUGGGACGAAUCUUGUUGCCUCCUACCGGAUUGAGGACAACCGAUCUAAUAGUCGAGGAAGAAGAGCUUUUGUCAGGCCCAGCAGAGCCAGAUUCUCGUUCCUUCGUGCCCGAGGAACAAUUUGACGAGCUUGAAGCAUGGACGCCUGAGCAAAAAUGUCUCUGCAGUACUAGGUGGAAGAGAUACCUGGAGAAGGUGCAAGUGUCAGCACUUGGGGGAGAGGGUCAUGAGACAGAGCAGGACAGGUACCGAACUGUCUUGGAGAUGUUGGAGAGCGAAGAUGCCCGACUGGGGAAGGAAGGAUCGGAGGUUUCGCUGCAAAGAGAGAAGUGGGAGAUGAUGCAGCGGACUCGUCGAGUACGAGCUAGUCUUAGACCGCACCUCGACGAGCUGCAGGCCAUUGCCAACGCUGCUGAGAGGGUGCAGACGCACGAGAAACGACUGGCCCAGAUGAAAACGGAACAGGAGGAGUGGCUGGAAGACAUUUCCAAGAAUCCCGGAUGGCUUUGCAGCUUUAAGAACGUCCGAAUCGGGGGCUUUUUUGAUGUAGACUCUCGGGAGGCUCGAGUUGUCACUGGACUUUCGCACUCGAGGUACUACCUGGGCCACAGCGGCGGUGACUAUGUCUUUGAGUAUUGCGGCCCCAGAAUUACAAGUGGCGACGAAUACUGCCAGGGAGACGAGGCAUGGGAUCCGAAUGGUCCGGUAUGGAAGCAUCCUGGCUUGCACGGUGCAUUUGGCCUUGACCAGGGCGGUGCAGAGACUGCCAGCUUCAAGUUCCGGGGCUUAGUGCCACGGACCUGGAGAGAAUACUCGACACGAUUUGAACUCGUCUGUAAAGAUGUCCUGCAGGUACUCGCCGCAUUCAUUUCCUUUGAGCCGGAGGGUGAUGGCCCCCUAUGGGGUGCCCAGUACCAGCACGUCCCGACAUUCUCUGAAAUCAACAUUCGGAUACUAGCCCAUGUGCGCGAUGCUUGGCGAAUGAGGGUUUCGCUCAAUCAUCCGUACCUUUGCUGGGCCCGGUCGAUUUUGGACCAUCAUCCCCGGAUCUGCGAGUUCGCCUUCUUGGUCGAGCAACUGGACGGAAGACUGAGCCGUGGACUUACCAGAGUGGCAAUGGCACCACUUAUCGAGACGGUAGAGUCGGCGACAGAAAGGACCCUUGAAGAACUGCACGUCAUCUAUCAAGAUAUCCUGGGCAAAGAGGCAUUGAGGGAACUGCACGAAUCGAGAAAUAUUGAGCACUGCGUGCUUUAUGACAAGAAAGGCCAAGAAAUAGAGGAGAUACAUGCAUUCUACGCGCAGCCGAAAUUCUGUCUCGACCCUGUCCACCCGAACAAUCGCUUCAAUCGCCCACGAGUCCAGGAAGCAUUGGACACAGCAGUCAAUCUUUGCUGUCAAGAUUGGCAGUGGACUGACCGUACCGCUUCCGGAAUUCUAUUUGAGCUCCGCGACCAAUUCUGCACACCAAUCUCAACUGACAGCAUCGCGACGGUUGCUCAUCAGCUAGUGCCGCUCCAACCUCAGGAACUCGGUUCGGGUCAGGCAGAUCUGGCUCCAGGACAAGAUAGCCACAACGACACCUCCACAAUCGUAGUAAAAACAGAACCAGAAACGGCAUACACUCCUCCAGAGACAAGGGGAAGGAAGCGAAACGCAACGGAGUCGCAACAACAGUCUCCAGCGUCGGCAUCUCAGGAGAAGCACGAAUCCGACGACAAUCGUCGACCCAAACGACGUCGCGGCCGCCCACGCAACACACCGAGAACCUAA